UACAUCCGGGCCGUGGCGCAGGUGCAAUCGAGCUCGCAGAGCGGGACGCACCGGACAGCGACAGCGUGGUCGUGCGAAAAGGUGGAACCAUUGGAACGGCCGAUAAGGGCUGUGUUGCUCAGUACUAAAAACCCACCCGUCCCCAGGAGCGCGUGUACUAAAAGCCCUGCCGAACGCUUGUCUGACAGCCCGAGCCCGAGGGUGUGGGCAAGGAAAGGGGAGGGAGGCUUUGGUGCGGGUUUAGCAGCGCGAUGGGAGCGCGUCCUUGUCGUCUGGCGUGGUCCGUGUCCCGUGAUCGGGUGCGACCUAAUGCCCGACUUCCGAAAUGGCCACGGAAGCCACACCACCGUCCAGCUAGAAGAGAUAAAGAGAGAGAGAGAGACAGUGUGUGAGCGAGCAUCUUCGUAUUGUGUGUGUGUGUGUGUGUGUGUGUGUGUGUGUGUGGAGCGUCGCUGUUCGGGCCGGGAGAGUCCCUCGCACUACGGGAGCCCGACAAUCGCGCUUCCCGACACCCGAUCGGCCCUGGUCGGGCUGUACGGACUUCGGUCACGAAAAACCAGGGCUAACCCAGUGCUGGCAGCAUCACUCCGGGAGCUACCGUCCCAGUUGGUGUUCCGGUUUAGAGUCGUGCUGUUGUUUUUUGUAUAGAUUUGUUACUUAAUGCUUUAAAUAUAUCUAUAUAUAUACAUAUACAUAUAUGUGUGCAGUGAGGGUAUACUUUUGCUUUAACCAUUUUUCACGGUCGAAAUCGGCGUAUCGGCGAAUCAAUACAGCAUUUGUGGAAUUGCUCACCGCCGAUCCACCUCCUCACACCCACGCACCAUGGUGAGAAUGCUAGUGCGAGUGAUUUAAGUGGGUGUGAGCGAAAACAACAAAAAAAAAAAGUAAAAAGUGAGUGAGAGCGAACGUGUAUGAGUAGAAAAAAAGUGUGCGUGUGUGUGUGCGUGUGGCGAGCGAAACCGACAGGCAAAAAGGCUACGGUCGCGUGAGAGCGGUGAGAGUGUGAGUGUAAUAAAAUUAGUAGCCCUUACCAACAAGUGUGCUCCCGCGGGUGGUUUUGCAACAAACGCCAAAAAAGGGGCCAACAGAAAGCCACGGGAAAAAGAAAGAAAAUCUGCCCCAACAAAAAAGUGCUCGACCAAAAAGGGCAAACAAGCAGCAGCAGCAGCAGGGGGAAAAUUAUUGAAACCCACUAACAAGUACAGUCCGCGGGAAGCCCCCGUUUGCACGUUUCGACCGACCGGAUACGGAUCCGAUUCCUUCGAACGUAGCAAGCAUGAAGGACGGUUGGAAAUUACGAAACCAGCAGCAUCCGCCGACCGGAGUGACCUGCAGUGAGUGUGCGAGAGCGGGCUGAGUGAGACCGCCGAAACAUCCUUGGGAAGAUGUGUGUAGCCGCGCACCUUCGCGAAAAUUCUUCCCCUCCGCUGCUUGGGCUGGCGUAAAAAGUGCAGCAUCCACGCGCGGCUGGCAACGUGAUUGCGUGUGAAGGGCCAGCGAUCGAGAUGAUUCGAGUGACCGUGGUGAGCCUAGCGAACGACUGCUUUGUGCUGAAGGAAACAGGUAGCCCCAGCCUGUGAGUUUGAUCGUGUCAUCGCGAGUGAGUGUGUGUGUGUGGGCGCGUGUAUUUGUGCGUUUGAGUGUGCAAAUGUGGCCACUUUGUUGAGCAGCGCGCCACCGGACGCCGUAAGCAGUUUGCGUGAGGGCACGAGGUGAAGCAUAAAAGAGGGCGACUGCUGCUCACCUGCUGGGUGAAUGUGAGUGAGUGAGUUUGGGGCUGAGUUUGGUAGUGAGUGUGGCAUUGAGCGAGUGAGCCGUGAACGGGUGCGUGCGUAGUGCGAGUGAGCCUGUGCGAGAGGAUACAGUGAGACCGGAGCUGCUGGGAAUCGUGCGAAUCGGCGUGAGCCGUGAUAGUGCCACCAACCACACUGCUCGCCCAGCUGGGACAGGGCAGCGCUAACCUUCCGAAUGGUCACCAAUGGCUGGGAAGUGUGGCGGUAAGCAACAUUUGCUGCAAAAGUAAACGCCGUUCCAUUGACAAUGCGUGAAUACAGCAUCGUCGGUCGUACAGUAACGCCAUCGAAACGAAUGUCCGCAGCGCAGCACCGAACCGACGUUGCUACCAUUAGCACCGAAAGCCCAACCGAUCACUCGCUGCGAUCGUUCACUCCGGUCCGGUUCCACGGCAAGGCGGACGAGUAGUCUGGGCACUUCGCACACGCUCGCGAAACGCAUUCCGGACCCGCGGAAAGGGGGAAAAAAUGAAAACUGCCAUCACGAACAGCAUUGCCGUCGCCACCGCUGGAAGUGCAAAUACACGGUUGCACCGGAAGCGACUAUUUGCGAACGUCGUCGCCGUUGUUGUGAUUAAUCGCACCAAGUUGAAAAGUUGAAAGCGAUUCGCCGCCCGUACAUCAGCAGCGCGUGUGUGUGGACACACCGGUGUCGACAAGCAGCGUCGGCAACCAAUCUUCAAUCGCCGGGUGCACUGUCGCAACAA